CAGGAACUGACGUCAAAUGUUUGCGACAGAUGUUGGUAGCCGUUUUUUUGAACAUUAAGCCACGGAGUUCAAUCAGCUUGUUUCUUUUUGCUCGACUGAUCUCAUAAAAAUGUAGACAUUGCGCAUAGAUAUCAAAAUGUCGCCAGAGCUGGAAAAGUGCCCGAGAAGCCUGUUGGUGUGCGAGAAAUCAAACUUCUUGAAUGAAAAGUCUCGGCAUGACAUCCACGUGUCGAAGCACAACUUUAAUUACAAAAUCUCAGUGCUGGUACCUGAAUGUGGGAUCCUGCCUGCCAAUGUCAGCAGCGUCAUCCACAGCUUCAGCCCUUAUUAUUUAGUGCGGGAUCUGCCGGUUUAUCAACUACUGGAAGAACCGUUCCUCGAGUCACUUGUAAAGAAGGGAAACUUCUAUGCGCUUUCUUACAACACCAAAAUUGAUGAAGACAAUGCCAUUGCACUACUUUCCAGCGGUCAGUUAAUUUUGUCUCUAGAUAAAGACACAUAUGAACAACUUGGCUUGGAGGGACGCCCAUCUCUGUACAAUCACAAAAAAGCCAUGAGAUUUGUCGUGACUCUGGAUCUCACUGACAAAAGCUUGACCCCAGGCACCAAACGAUACCAGCGGGUUCUCUCAAGUUUGAAGGACAGACUACCACUCAGAUAUGACUUUCUUUUCACUAAAUACAACACAGGUUCAGAUGAAGAUCACACUCUUAACAAGCUGUUGUCCCAGUACUCAUACGAGGAACACAAGCCUGCUUUCAGCCAUCACACCCUGAAAAAUAUACCAUGUCCCACACUUUACCCAUCAGAUAUACAAGGAAAGACACUGUCAUGUGACCCACAUCACUUCUUGGAGUGGCUUGGAGCGGUUAACCUGGACAUCAGCUGUGAAAAUGCUGCUGACAGUUUCCUGUCGACAUAUGUGUGUCCAGAGCCCCAGAGCUCUGUCAGUCAGGCCUUGCUGUGCACCGUUACUGGCUUUAUCUCACCUGAGAAUGUGUUUGUGCUGCUGCAAGAACUCAGGCAGUAUUUCGAUGAACCGAAGUUUACACCGUGGAUCUCCCUCACUGUGCAUGGAUUUAUGGAUAGUCCUGUGUCGUGGGGAGCCACAGAACAUGGAUUCCUCAAAAGUGGUGAAAACUUCUACAAUUUUGUUUGCUUCAAGAAUCAGGACUACUGGUUACACAUGGCUACCGGUGCUCAAGACGGCUGCCCACCCUAAAACUGGACAUUUGACACUGAGGGACCUCUUUUUUUUUUUUAAUU